CUUAUCCUUUCGCCUUCGGUUUCCUCUUCUCAUCAACGUCUUCUGUGAGUCAGACAUUCCAUUUUCUCUCUUUUUUCUUCUCGCAUUACUACUCUGUUUUCAUCUUUUUAUCACUUGCAAGCAACCUUUCUCAAGGUGAAUGUAAUCCACACCACUCAUGGAUUUGAAAGGAAAUCUUAUAAUGAAUAGUGGGUAUAGUGAUAGGAGAUUUCUCAUUGAAUUCAUCAUCACUAACUAUUUGGGACCUGAUGUCAAUUCACAUAGUCCAAGGUGCUCUGUUGUUCAAAGACUAAUGACCGGAUCCCCACCUUAUAUCUUGAGUGAUUUGGGGCCCUCGUAUGUUAGCAUUUCUUUCUUGGAGAGAUUGUAUUAUUAUCUCCUUAGAGAUGCUUUUCCUAACCUUGUCUUGGAUCUUAAUAUGUUUCAUAUGUAUUUAAAGGGAAAAUUAAUUUUGCCCGGUUCUGACUUCACCCAGGACACUCAGCAGUUCACCAGUUUUUUUCCUUUGGAUCUUCAUCAACAGAUAUGGUAUCCUGAUAGCUUCAGAGUUAUUAAAGGGGUUGUUUUAAUUGAUGAUCCUUCUACAUCAUGCAUGAUAGGAGAGGAUUUAAAUAGAUUCAGGUCUUUAACUGGUAUCAGCACUCUCAAGUUAAAUAUAAGUGAAUGUCUAGGUUUUCAACUUGGUCAUCCAUCAAGCAAGAAAGGUAAUCAAAUGAACAAAGUGCCAGAGACUAUUCCAAAUGGGGAAUCCCAAUUGAAAAAAAAUCAUCAAGAGCACAAGAGAAAGUAUGUCGAUGAUACAACGCCACUAGUGCCGGAAUUUCCCUAUGUCUUCCCUACAAAACAUAAUGCCAAGGUAGAUCCUUCCAAGAAAACGAGCAAAUCUGAUGGGCCAACAUUGAUGCCCCUUCUCUCAAUUCCUGACAUUGAUGAAUGCAGUCUAGAUUCUUCUCUUAUUUUAACAGGGACAGCCAGAAAAGGGCCAUUUGGUCCAUCUGUUGGUGUUGUGGAUAUUGGUAUUAGUAAAGGGGCAUACUUAUUCCGAGUUUCUUUACCGGGGGUCAAGAAAGAUAGCACAGAUCAGUUCAGUUGUGAUAUUGAAUCUGAUGGGAGGGUUCAAAUCAGAGGGGUGCUAACUGGUGGGAGGACUAUAAUGAAACAAUCACGCAUUUUUCAGAUGAAUACUCGGCAGUUAUGCCCUCCAGGACCAUUCACACUUUCAUUCAGUCUUCCGGGACCUGUUGAUCCAAGACUCUUUGCUCCUAACUUCAGGUCUGACGGAAUUUUUGAAGGAGUUGUAGUCAAGCACUAGUUAACGGCCAAGAAUUGGGGGUCUAGCUUUUGUGGUAAUUCGAGAGUUCCCAAAGAGAGAAAACCAAGAUACUUAUUUUUGUGAGAAGCCAGUUUGCUUCAUAUGCUACUUCUGUCCUAUAAAUUGAUGAUGAACUAAUUUUGUUCGUGUAUAAGAAUACAAUGAUCUAGCAAGUCUAGUAAAGAACUCGCUUCUGUAUGCAGGGAAACAUUGAUUUUCUUUCAUUAAAGAGUUUAAUGUGUAACUUGGAGUGUGGAUUGCAGUUGCUGAGUAUCA